AUGUUUCUAAAGCAGCUAGACCUCACAACUGCCCUCCGGCCAGCCUAUCUCCCAGACGAAGUCCUGCUCUUUGUUCAAGAUAAUGUGGGGUUGUACGAGGGAAAGUAUAAGCUACCGAACCAACAGAAUGGACAGGUCUACUUGACAUCGCAUCGCAUCUGCUAUGUAGAUAAGACCGACCCCAGGAAGAACUCGGUCACCUUGGACCUGAAGGAGAUCGAGCGAUAUGAAUACUACGCAGGCUUCCUCAAAUCCUCGGCCAAGGUUACCUUGAUACCCAAGCCCACCAAGCGCUCUUCGUUCCAGUCCAGAUCUCCAGCGGCUGGGACUGGCUCACCGAGGGACAGCAACAACUCUCCUGUCCCGCGAUCAGACAGCCCUUUGAGGCCAGCACCCGUCGACCCGUCUCCUGCGAGCUCGGCGACGUGGGUAUGCACCAUCUGCAGCUUCUCAAAUCCGGUGCCAUCCAACUUCGACCCGGCCACCGCCAGUGCUUUGACUCCACUUCCGCCUUGCCUGGCAUGUGGGAUCAAGCCAGCCUUGACUCACGUGCUGAAGGCGGCUAUAAAUAACGCGACAAGCAGGCAGUCGGUGGUGUCGCCCUUACCGCUGCGUCCUCGAGGCCUGUCGGGAGGCAACAGUCUGGUCUCGGGGAAUGAGUCACCAGGGGCACGCGACAGCCCCCCAAAGACAUCUGAUCCGGAUGCCUCCUUCCAGUGCCCUAGGUGCACCUUCUUGAACCAUCCGUCUCUGCUAUCAUGUGAGAUAUGCGGGGCGCCUUUAAUUUCGCAUGACGUACCGACGGAGCUGAGCCAGCCGGCUCAAGUUCCGCAACCCCAGGAUAGGACGGAUUCCCCAGGCCCGGUUCUCAGCUACGGUGCACUGCCGGGUAUGGAGAGCCCUGAGAGUAUCAAGAUAUCCUUCCGGGCUGGUGGUGACAAGAUCCUGUACGAACGGCUCAAGGGUGCCAUCACGCAGCGCAAAUGGCUUCUGCAAGGCGCACCUCGUGUCCCCAAUCAAAAUCCACUUGCAGUGGAUGGGAACUCUGGGAAUGGAUCCACACGCGAGCAGGCGAGGAAGAAAACUGUGGGCAUCGCAGGUCUCGAGCAGAGGGGCCUGGACAUGCGGAAGAACAACGAGCUGGUCAUUGGCACUGCUUUUGAGGACCUUGAGGCUCUGAUGGCGUCUGCCAAGGAGAUCGUCGCUCUGGCUGAAGGCUUUUCUAGGCAGAGCAACGGAGGCCCUGGCUCAUCUGAGGCGAACGCACUGCUGGCCGAGUCGGCAAGCCAGCUAGGGCUGGUGACGACCAAGGAUAUCGUUGGCGGCGGGAGCAGCAAUGAGUCGCUGUACCUAUCUGAGCUGGCGCGAAACCUCGCGGAAUUUCUCACAGAUGAUGCAAGAGGCGUGCUGAGGAAAGCAGGGGGCAUCAUCAGCUUAGUCGACCUUUGGGCCAUGUUCAACCGGGCUCGGGGUGGCGUGGAGCUGGUCAGUCCCAUGGACUUUGAGAAGGCAGCGGGCCUAUGGGAGAAGUUGAAGCUGCCUGUGCGGUUGCGGAUUUUCAAGAGUGGCGUCAUGGUGGUGCAGAGCAUGGACAGGACGGACGAGAUGACCAUCAAGACCCUCCUCGCCUGGCUGCGGGACCUGCAUGACAUCCCGCCCGAGCGAGAGGUCCCCUGGGACUGGCAGGAGUUUGGCCGCGGUGUCACGGCGCGGGACGCAGCGGACAGGUUCGGAUGGAGCAUCGGCGUUGCCGAGGAGGAGCUGGAGAUGGCGGAGGAGCGUGGAGUACUGUGUCGUGAGGAAGGCAUUGAAGGACUCAAGUUCUGGGAGAACUUCAUCGAUACGGGUGAGGGCCGUCAGCGCAAGCGCACAGAGGCGCAGGAGGCCGAGGCGAAGAUUUACAAAGCAUUGAGAGAGAGCGGGUUUCUAUAG